AUGAAGAUCUCCAUGAUCACACUUAGUGCCCUCCUCGGCCUGGUCUCAGCCCAGAAUGCCGUGGUGAAAAACCACUGUGCCACAUCCGUAUAUGUGCAAUCGUUCCCUUUCGAUGGCAGCGCCCCUGGCCCCCUCACCACCGUCCCAAAGGGUGGAACAUUCUCAGAGAAAUUCAGAAAAUCCGGGUCGACAGUCAAGAUCUCUAAGACGAAGACGCUGAGUAUACCUCUAUUCUUUGGCUACUCAUUCUCCACCAACCCAGACUACGCGUAUUAUGAGUUCAGCACAGAGUGGGGUAACCCCUUCGCAGCAAACCCCAACUCGCUCAGCCCUGGAGAUGGCUGUGAGGUCUUUGACUGUGCUGCCAAUGAUGCUGCCUGCUACAGUACCCCAGCCCACAAGAAGGUCUAUGGGUGCCCCCAGCCAGUCACCCUGACAGCAGACUUGUGUCAGUAG